AUGUCGUCGAACGUCGGUUUGCAACUCGAUGAAAUAGCGAAAUGGAGAAGCCACAUAUGCAAAAUUGAUGGAUUCAUCGCAGAGUCUAGUCGAUUUCAUGAAAAAGGAGUACCAGGAUACCCGACGUCAAUGAAAUAA